AUGGUAAUGAUAUGGAAGACCAACAUUUUCUUGGUGAUCACAUACAUUGUGGUGAUUGGCUCAGUCGAAUUUCUUUACCUAAGCUCAGUCCUUUACAAGUUCAACCAAGGAGGAUAUCUUCCUCUGGCUUUCGCAGGGCUAUUAAUGGCUGUCAUGUUUGUUUGGAACGACGUGUAUAGAAGAAAAUACUAUUACGAACUCGACCACAAACUUUCCCCUGAAAAAGUCAAGGAAAUUACUAACGACACCAACUUUCAUCGAUUACCAGGACUUGCAAUGUUUUACUCAGAACUUGUUCAAGGAAUUCCUCCCAUUUUUAAGCACUAUGCAGAGAACGUCCCUGCAUUGCACUCUGUCCUCGUUUUUGUCUCAAUAAAAUCAUUACCAAUUAGUAAGGUUCCACAGGAAGAACGAUUCUUGUUUCGAAGAAUAGAGCCCAAGAAUCUCUUCGUGUUUCGAUGCGUUGCGAGGUACGGUUACACAGAUGUUCGUAAUGAUUCUAAUGAACAUGAACCGUUCGAGACUAUGUUGGUUGAUAAAUUGAAAGAGUUUGUCGAAAAUGAAUUUUGGUUGUUUCAUAUUAAAACCAACAGUAAUAAAGAUCAUAAUAGUGAAAGGUUAGAAAGAUUGGAUAUUGUUGGUGAUGAUGAUGAAGGUGAUCAACAUGAGAAAUUGGAUAGAGAAAUUGAGGCAAUUGACAAGGCGUGGCGCGCUGGCGUAGUGCACUUAAUGGGUGAGAAUGAAGUGGUGGCGUGUAAAGGAUCUGGGAUAGGUAAGAGGGUACUCAUUGAUUAUGCUUAUAAUUUCUUGAAGAAGAAUUUGAGGCAGACUGACAAACUAUUUGAUGUUCCUCACAAACGAAUGCUUAAAGUGGGGAUGACUUAUGAACUUUGAAUCAAUGUAUUGUCUCUUACAUUUCAAAAAGGGGAAAAUGGACUUCAAUGUUGUGUAGAGUGAGAUUCUAUAUAAAUAAAUAAUAAUGGUUUUUGUAGGGGUUAAGAUUUAUGCAUGUGUACCUAUGAAUGAAAAAUGAU